AUGUAUUGCGACCCGAUGAUGUUAGAAGAUCUAACUGGUUUGCUGAUAAAGUUCAGAUGUCACAAAAUUGGAAUAACUGCUGAUGUAGAAAAGGCUUUCCUACAGAUAGGCUUACACGACAAAGACAGAGACGUCACAAGAUUCCUGUGGCUAAAGGAUGUGUCUAAACCAGCUGUAGAAGAGAAUCUUAUACACUACAGAUUUACACGCGUUCCCUUCGGAAUUAUAUCCAGUCCAUUUUUGCUGAACGCUACCAUCAAAUACCAUUUAUCUAAAACCAAUGAUGAACGUUUAAAGAGUCUAGCUAACGACAUAUAUGUGGAUAAUGUCUUGACAGGAUCGAACAGCGUCAAAGAAGCAAUGAGUCUGUAUAAAGACAGUAAAACGGUAUUCCAACAAAUAUCUAUGAACCUAAGAGAAUGGAGUUCCAACUCUAAAGAGCUCAUGCAGAACAUAACAGAUGCUAGUACAGAUAAAACUGUAAAAACUCUUGGUUUAAAUUGGGACCUAGAAAAUGACACGAUUUGCUUAAGGAUAAAGAACACCACGAAUGCUUAUACGAAGAGAGGUAUUCUGAAGACCAUCGCUGCCAUAUACGACCCAUGUGGUUUUGCUGCACCAAUAAUAUUACCAGCUAAAUUAUUACUUCAAAAAUUAUGGAAGACAAAAUCGCAUUGGGACGCUCCAUUAUCUGAAGAAAUGGCAGCCGAAUGGAAAACUAUCUUAGAAGAUCUUAAGCAAACUCACAACAUAUGCCUGCCUAGGAACAUAACGAAUAACCAAGAAGGCCAACUUCACUGUUUCACAGAUUCGUCGAUGUCAGCGUAUGCAGCCGUAGUUUAUCUACUGCAAGGAGACAAAGUGAAUUUCAUUAUUGGCAAAUCAAGAUUAAUACCCUUGAAAGAUCAAGACAAUUUAAAGAUUCCUAAAUUGGAGCUAUUAGGAGCUCUAAUAGGCAGCAGACUAAUCCAAUAUGUCAUGAAACAUCUCCAGGUGAACAUAUCACAACAAGUACUAUGGACAGAUAGUCAAAUAGUAAUAGAUUGGUAUCAAUCUAAAAAGCUGCUGCCACCAUUCAUCUCAAGAAGGAUAGAGGAAAUCAAGAAAAACAAGAACUUGGCUGUAAGAUAUGUCCCGUCUGAACAUAACCCAGCCGAUGUAGCAACUAGACCAACUAAUUCGACAGAAGAUUUUCAACGAUGGCUCAGUGGCCCGAAAUUUCUAAAGGAAGAUUCUCAUAACUGGCCAUACCGACCCGCAAGAGACGUUACUCUUCUGGCGGGGGAGGGUCUGUCGAAUAACAUCACACAGAAAGCUGAAUUGAACUCAGACACGAAAAAUCAACUUAAAAGGAAUAUUGACUUGAGCAAGGCACAGAAGCAUCAGACAGAAACCAGACAAAUCUUUUCAGAAACACGGGAAAAUGUGAAUAACAGAAUAAGUUCAGAAGUACAAGAAAUACGAAGUAUACAGAGACAGUUUUAUCCGGAUGAAGUCAACGAUAAGAUGACACAUCUUACCCGCAAUCUAAGAUUAUUCAAGGAUGUCGACAGAAUCCUUAGAUGUGGCGGUCGUUUGACGCACUCAGAUUUAUCAUAUGACGCGAAAUAUCCAAUUCUUUUGCCGAAGGAUUGUGAAUUUACCACAAAAACCAUAAAGAAGGCGCAUGAAAACAACUACCAUGUUGGAGUACCCCACACCCUGGACAUAGUCAGACAACGUUUUUGGAUUCCACAAGGAAGAGCUCAGGUACAAAAGUUUAUUAACAAGUGUCCGCAAUGCGUGAAACAUGGCGGAGGACCUUACACAUUACCAGAAACUCCAGCAUUACCACCUGAAAGAGUUAAGUAUGAAACAGCAUAUACUUACGUAGGAGUGGACUACUUCGGACUGAUGUAUGUUAAAGCAGAAGGUAAACAAAAACGUUGGAUUUGCUUGUUUACCUGCCUUGUAAUUCGCGCUAUACAUUUAGAAAUAGUAAAGGAUAUGUCUGCGGAAGAAUGUUUACUGGCGUUCAGAAGAUUUAUGGCCACCAGAGGUGUUCCUACUUUGAUUGUGACUGACAAUGCUCUUCAAUUUAAAUUGUUAUCCGAGAUAAUCACAACCGGAGGUCCAACAGAUCAAAGGAUACAAUGGAAGUUCAUUCCUCAAUUAGCUCCAUGGCAUGGCGGUGUAUACGAAAGACUAGUGGCAGUAGUCAAACACUGUCUGAAACGAACCUUACAAAAACAUCUGCUUGACGAUAACCAAUUACUAACCAUCAUGAAAGAAGUGGAAAGUGUUGUGAACACAAGACCCUUGACUUAUGUAGGUACUGGUUUGGAACAUGUAUUGAAACCAGCCGAUUUCUUAACACCAGGAAGAUGUCUAGGACUCCAGAUGUCAGUGAGUAAGGCACCAAUUACAGCCACUGCAACUAAACAACAACUCAUAGAAGGAUGGAGACGGGGUGAGACUAUCAUGAAAGAGUACAGAGACAUGUUUAUGAAUCAGUACUUGUUGAGUUUAAGGGAACAUUACAAACAUUCAACUAAACAACCCAGAGUCAGAUCUCAUGAUGUACCAUGCGUUGGUGAUAUUGUACAAAUAAAAGGUGAUACAAAGAACAGAGAAAACUGGAAGGUAGGAAGGAUCUCCGAAUUAAUUAAAGGUACUGAUGGAUUAUACAGAGUCGCUAAAGUAAAGGUUGAUAACAAUAUAUUUACAAGGUCUAUAUCACACUUGUACCCUUUAGAGAUUGAAGACAUCCCAUCGCAAACCGAUUUAUCUGGUCAUCAAGCGGAAGUCGAAUCUGCACCAAAGGCAAUGAGAAUGGAAGUUGAGGAAGAUUCGGACUUACCAAUGACACAAAGGGAAGAUUACCCCAACAUGCAACCAGAUGGAAGCACGGAUGGGACUGAUAGCAUGGACACGGACACGACACAUAGCAUAGAUAGGAUAAAUGAGAACACUGACGUUACUAAUGAGAACGUAGAUACAGCAGAAGAAGAAGACAUAGAUUUGAGACAUGGCAAUGUAGAAACAACAACUGAUCUUGUUGACAAGAAUAAUGAAUCAGCUUCGAAUCAAUCUGACAAUGAAAGGCAAAGAAGGAAUGCGGCAGUCCAAGCUAUGGAGAGAAUCCGAGAAUGGACUCGCCAUUUAAUGACUACUCUAACUACUUCGCAAUAGCUCGCCUCGGCGGGUGUGUCGCGGACUUCCGCGAUGUACGCAUUGUUGCACAUGGCAACACAUGUAACAUCUUGUAUAUUGUCUAUGGUGGUGGUAUAAGAUCAAGUUAGAGCUGGCCUCUGCGCUUGGAGCUCAUGAACCAGGGAGACAUACUCCAAUUACAUCAUUUGAAUAAGGUAUGAACCACACUGUCCAUAGAAUAACCGACCUCUCUUUCCUAAUAAUAUAAGCGAAGCAGAUCUAAGUUCAUUAAGAUAAUAAACAACUAUACAUGACAAGUUGAUAGUAAACUUAUAUUUCAUUUAAUAAGGUCUUAGAAUCAUUAGGUAACUCGAACUCAGGCAAUCAGUCUAUUUAUCUUAGUAUUUUGUAUCAACGUCGAUACA